UAUACGCCAUAAGAGUGUGAAAUCAGGGAAAAAGUGCAGAGACAGUGAGAGCCUGAGAGUCGUGGGUGUGUGGUUAUCAGUACUUAGCCAAACCCUGCAAAUUAGGCUUGCGUAUUUCAAAAUCGAAACCCAAUCUCACUUUUCUCUACCACUUUUACACUUACAAAAACCUUCAACACCAUAUCAGAGUAAAACUAACAAUUUGCCUCACGCUCUCUAAGCCAUAUAUAAACAUGUUGGAUUACGAAUGGAACUCAUCAAUGAUACUCCUCGCCGGAAAUGAACUCACCGCCGGCGAACCCGACCAAACGCGCCGGCAAAUUUUCGACCACAACUUUGCCAUGUUAACUGACCCCAUUCUACAUGGCUCAACACCAACACCCACCACUGCUUUCUCGAUUCACCACCCCUUCAACCCACCACCACAACAGCAGCACCACCAUCACAACCCCCAGCAGCACUUCUUCGACCCACGCGCCUUCCAAAGCGCGUCCUCCGCUUCCUUCUCGCCACCACCUUCGGUGCUCUCACUUAACCCAAUCCCACCUCUAGCUCGCUCCCACUGUGGACUUGGGCCUGGCUCCGGGCUUGGGUUUCUGCUCAUGUCCAAGUCUGAGGAUGUGACUUCGCCCGUUAACUUUGAGUGCUCUGGUCAUGGUUUCGGGCCUGGACCCGGGCUUGGACUCAACCUCGGUGGUCGCACUUAUUUUGCCGCUUCCAACGAAGACACCCUGGACAGAUUCUACCGUUGCAAGACGGUGGAAUCGGUUUCCACCGUGGCGUCAAAUUUGCCACGCUGUCAAGCAGAAGGUUGUAACACGGACCUCUCCGAAGCCAAGCACUACCACCGCCGCCACAAGGUGUGUGAGUUCCACUCCAAGGCCGCCACCGUCAUUGCCGCCGGGUUGACUCAGCGAUUCUGCCAGCAGUGCAGCAGAUUCCAUCUUCUUUCAGAAUUUGACAAUGGGAAACGGAGCUGCAGGAAGAGACUGGCAGAUCACAAUCGUCGCAGAAGAAAAACUCAGCAGGCAACUCAAGACAUUCACAAAUCUCAGCCUUCUUUGGACAAUGUUACAUGGUCCUCUUCUGAAUCUGGAGCUCAAUCUUCGUCAUCAAUGAAGGUGGCAGUGUCACCCCCAGAUUAUUUUCAGCAAAAUAGAGGCACUUCGUCAACAUCAUCAUCUGGGUCAUUGUUUUUCUCAAGUGGGGCCAAUUUGCAUGGCUAAUAGUACCCAUGCCAUUAAUUAUAAAGGAACGGAAUCAACAAUAAUGUACUGAACUUCCUCUUGUAAAACUUUAAUCUGGAGAGUCUGAUCUGUGAAAUUGAUUUUGGGCAUCUCUGAUUUGAGCUUUCACUGUUGUGAAUUUUGGUAAGGUAAAUGGCAGAAGGGAAAAAGUAAGAACUAAAAUUGAACACUACUAUUUGGAUUUUCCCGUAAAUAGUGGCGUUUGGGUAUCAGAGAAAGUCGGGGGCAGCUGAGCAGAAGUGUUCAGACUACUGCCCUAGGGCACCUUCAUUUUGUGGCAUUGACUUUGUCUGCGCUGGAAUUUCUCUGAAAUAUGCAGCAAUUAUAUGCAUUACUCACCCAUUCCAUUAUACAGAUGUUGGAAAAUCUACCCA